AAACAUGGAAGUAAAGAAAUAAAGCCAUGGUCCCCCACCACCGAUUUAGGCAAAGAAUUGCAAUACAAACAAGCAUGCUCUUUGUUUGAUUAUGGAGAUGAUAAAGCCACUUGCUAUAUCAGACAUAUGUGUAACACACAAAACUUCCAUAGCCAUGCAAGCUGAAGAAUGUCUAAUGCUCAGCACUCCACAUUCUCUAACGUGUCCAUUCUUCACCAUCCUCUCUUCCCUAUAAAUUACGAAGUUCUCAUUAAGGUUCUCCGCAUCACAAACAGUAUCCUUACAAUAUCUGUCAUCAUGGCUAAGCUUCUUGUACUUUCACUUUCACUUUGUUUUCUACUUUUUGGUAGCUGCUUUGCCUUUAGAGAUCAGCAGCCUCAACAGAAUGAGUGUCAGUUUGAACGUCUGAAUGCCCUUGAACCCGAUAACCGUGUAGAGUCAGAAGGUGGACUAAUUGAGACAUGGAAUCCCACCAAUAGACAAUUCCGAUGUGCUGGUUUCGCUCUCUCUCGUGCUACCCUUCAACGCAAUUCCCUUCGCAGACCAUUUUACUCCAAUGCUCCCCAGGAAAUUUUUAUCCAACAAGGUAAUGGAUAUUUCGGCAUGGUAUUCCCGGGUUGUCCCGAGACCUUUGAGGAGCCACGGGAAUCUGAACAAGGAGAGGGACGCAGGUUCAGAGACAGUCACCAGAAGGUUAACCGAUUCAGAGAGGGAGAUAUCAUUGCAGUUCCUACCGGUGUUGCAUUUUGGAUGUACAAUGACCAAGAAACUCCAGUCAUUGCCAUUUCUCUCACUGACAUGAGUAGCCACCAAAAUCAGCUUGAUCAGAUGCCUAGGAGAUUCUAUCUUGCUGGGAACCAUGAGCAAGAGUUUCUACUAUACCAGAAACAACAAGUUAGAGGCAAGGAAGAACAAGAAAGCGAAGGCAGCAACAUUUUCAGUGGCUUCAAGAGGGAUUUCUUGGAAGAUGCCUUAAAUGUGAACAGACAUAUUGUGGACAGACUUCAAGGCAGGAACGAAGACGAGGAGAAGGGAGCCAUUGUUAAAGUGAAAGGUGGUCUCAGCAUCAUAAGCCCACCAGAGAGGCAACCCCGUCACCAAAGUCGCAGCAGACAAGAUGAAGAGAGGUGGCAGCCACGCCCACAUAAAAGCAGAAGAGAGGAAGAGGACGAUGAGAAGCACAGCCGACACCACGACCAAGGUGGAAGCAGAUGGAAACAAGACAAUGGACUCGAGGAAACCGUUUGCAGUGCCAAAUAUCGUGAGAACAUUGGCUCAUCUUCAUCACCUGACAUCUACAACCCUCAAGCUGGUAGAAUCAAAACCGUUACCAGCCUCGAUCUUCCAAUCCUCAGGUGGAUCAAACUCAGUGCUGAACAUGGAUCUCUCCACAAAAAUGCUAUAUUUGUGCCUCACUACAACCUUAACGCAAACAGCGCAAUAUACGCAUUGAGGGGACGCGCAUGGUUACAAGUUGUGAACUGCAAUGGCAACACUGUGUUCGACGGGGAAUUAGAAGCUGGCCGAGUGUUGAUCGUGCCACAAAACUUUGCUGUAGCUGCAAAAGCAUUGAGUGACAAGUUCCAAUAUGUAUCAUUCAAGACCAAUGAUAGAGCCGCGAUUGCACGGCUCGCAGGGUCAUCAUCCACUCUAAAUGGUAUGCCGUUGGAUGUGCUAGCCGCGACAUUCAACUUGGAGAGGAAUGACGCCAGGCAGCUCAAGAACAACAAUCCCUUCAAAUUCCUCGUUCCACCACGUGAGUCUGAGAGAAGAGCUGUUGCUUAGAUUUGACAUGAUCAAUCAAUAAGAAUAAUAAUGAAUAACAAAAUGAAGGCUUAGAUGCCUUUUGUUAAGUUGUAAAGUUACUUGAGUAAUGUAACUUAUGCGGAAAGAGAAUAAACAAAAUGCGAAAUUUCAAUGCUCUA